AUGAGGAACGAUAUUUCGCAGAAGGUUCAUAAUUCUACUAUCACACAUCUAACCCAAUCGAAUGCUGGUAACUUCGUACUCACUUCUGCUGUUGGCGAUUACAAUGUUUGUUUGAGUUCGCUUAAUGAUGAAGGUGAAACCCAACCAAUAACUGUUCUACUAAGUAUCCCAAUAGAAACUGUCUUUCAUAUAAAUGAUAUUAUAUUCGAUAACACAAAUGAAGGUGAUUUCUUUUGUUGCUAUCAGUGCACUGUUCAACAUUGGGAUCUUGAACAUAAAGCCAUGCUACAAGGUAUGAAUAGUGCUGACCCUGUGAAUUGCAUAAGUGGGAAAGAAAACAUUAUAUAUGCAGGUUGCUCAAAAAGCAUAAAUGUGUUCGAUAUCAGAAUGCAAAAUCGCAAUGCGGCCUUGAUCCUUCCAAUUGAUAAUAAAGUAGGUGAGAUAACUUAUCUUUCUUCGGAGUCGAACAGACAUAAUUUAAUUGCCGGCACAGGUCGUGGAUUUGUCAACUGCUAUGAUUUUCGUAAUGAAAAGAUGCUUCAGCUUGAUAUGGGUUAUAUUUUGGGCGAAGAUACCUUAAGUGUGGAUCAAAUUUCAAUAAAUCAAAACAAAUUCGACACAUCUCAAGACCCAGGAUUAUUUAUUAUGACCAAUGAGCCAGAAUGCACUAGAAUUAUACAAUUGGAUGUGGAAACCGCUGGGCGGGAAGUUGUAAACGAGUAUCGAAGGAUGAGUACCGAAAAUCAUGAAAGGUACAAAACGGAUUUUGUAACAGUUGGAACCGAUCAUGACAUCCUCAUAGGAAGUGGUUCAAAUGAUAGUCGUAUUUUGCUUUUGAGCGGAAAAAGCGGACUCCUAAAAAGAGAGUAUGUCACAAGUAAUAAGACUGAUUCCAGAAAAAAAUCCGUCAUCAACCAUAUCAGCUAUCGGCAAGACUUUGACAAAGGAGUAUUCGCAGAUAGUUAUGGUUACAUUCAUCGGUUUGAUUUUGGAAUGCUUUCCGACGCGUCGAUAUAA